AUGGACCUCUUGGCGCAGUACUCGGACGCCAGCGGCGAGGGCGGCGCCGGCGACGGCGACACCGACGACGACGUCGCCACCACCGCCGCGAUGCUACGAGCCAAGCACGCGGUGCCGGACCUGGCGCCGCGCGUCAAUGACGCGGGCCUCGCGGUCGCGGGCGAGGGGGGGGACGCGCGGCUGGUCAGCCUCGCGUCCACGCGCGAUAUGCACGACCCGGCGAGGAAGAAGAUCUACUAUAACGUCAAGUACGACGACCUGCACGAGCCAAUCGCGGGCCCAGCGCACCCGUUCAAUCCCGCGGGGGCGUCGCGACAGAUGCGAAACCACGCCACCGGCCACGUCGAGUGGGCGCACGUCAACAAGCACGCGUUCGACGAGCAGUUCCAGACGUUCAACGCGCUGGGGUACGCGGUGGCGCCCGACGGGAGCGCGUACGUGGGCGACGCCGCAGCCAUCGCGGCGCACGCGGGCGAGACGGUGUUCACGUCGACGGCGGCGAAGCGGCGUAAGGUUCGAGACGAGGUGCUCGCCGCGGCGGUCGCCGCGGACCCGGGCGCCGGGGGCGGACCGGGCGUCGCGGCGCUCGCGAGGGACCGCAGCGCGUGGGCGCCCGCGAGGGACGCGACGAAGCCGCUGACGGUGGACGAGCUCACCGAGGAGGCGAAGGAGUACGUUCUUUGGCACGCGGCGCGGCGGGAGGCGAAUCUGCGGCGCAAGGGACGGCUCAAGGACGAGGAGGGGGGCGCGGGCGGCGGCGAGGACGAGGACGGCGCGGGCGUGGGCGGCGGCGGCGGCGGCGGCGGGGCGGGUCCCGCGGGUGAGAAGUCGUUCUUCCACGGCAAGGAGGAGCGGAACUACGCCGGGGAGAGCUGGCUGGCGCCGCCGAAGGACAGGAAGAAGGAGAACGACCACUGCUACGCGCCCAAGCGUCUGAUCCACACGUGGAGCGGGCACACCAAGGGCGUGCAGGCGAUUCGGUUCUUCCCGAGGCACGGGCACCUCAUCCUCUCGGCCGGUAUGGACUCGAAGAUCAAGAUCUGGGACGUGCACAACACCGGCAAGUGCAUGCGCACCUACCUCGGCCACGACAAGGCGGUCAAGGACAUCAACUUUACGAGCGACGGCGCUCGUUUCGUCUCGUCCUCGCACGAUAAGAAGAUUAAGCUGUGGGACACCGAGACGGGCAAGGUCAUCUCGACGUUCACCUCGGGUAAGAUGGCGUACGCGGCGGUGCUUCACCCGGAGAAGCAGAACAUCCUCAUGGCGGCGCAGAGCGACAAGAAGAUUGUCCAGUACGACAUGAACACCGGCGACGUGGUCCAGGAGUACGAUCAGCACCUGGGCGCGGUGAACACCGUGACGUUCGUGGACGAGGGCCGAAGGUUCGUCACCACGUCCGACGACAAGUCCAUGCGGGUUUGGGAGUUUGGCAUACCGGUCGUCAUGAAGUACAUCGCGGACCCGUCCAUGCACUCGAUGCCGGCGGUGACGCUGUCGCCGAAUCAGCAGUGGCUCGCGUGCCAGAGUUUGGACAACCAGAUCAUGAUAUACUCCGCCAAGGACCGGUUCAGGCUCAACACGAAGAAGCGGUUCGUGGGGCACGCCAACGGCGGAUACGCGUGUCAGCCCAACUUCUCCCCCGACGGGCGAUUCCUGAUGAGCGGCGACGCCGACGGCAAGUGCAUAUUCUGGGACUGGAAGUCGCGGCGCAUAUUCAAGACGCUCAAGGCGCACGACAAGGUGACGAUCGGGUGCGAGUGGCACCCUCUGGAGACGUCGAAAGUCGCGACGUGCUCGUGGGACGGCACGAUCAAGUACUGGGACUGACGACGACGACGACGACCUCAUGAAAGACGUGUUUAUGUCAGACCUAAAACGUAGACCU